AUGGUAAAGGAAGAUGUGAGGACGCUUGACGUUGACAGGCAGUUCAGUCGUGACGUAAAGUUCCGGAAUAGCGACGGAUGGAUAGAUUCUAUGCGAGCUGUAGUUGAAGAUCGGAAAGGCUCGGAUACGUUCAAGGACGACAUUCCCCCUGCGAAGAUGCAGAUAGCCGCGCUAGCUGCCUCACGCGUCACACAGGCGGAGUGA